UGGUAUGAAAAUCAUCAUUAGUUUGUAAUGAAGUCGAUCAAUUCUACAUUAGGCUACAGUCUAGAUCAUUUUGUAAUACAAAUGUAUUAUGAUUGCGUUUAGAAUUUAACCUUCUUUAUACUUCACUACACGCUGUUCUGUGCAUAUAUUUAUAAGUUUGGAGCAGUUUCUACCAUUUUGGAAUUUAUAAAAUGUAUUCCAACAUUAUCAAAGCUUUGUUUGUUCUUUAUCUCUAUAUAAGUGACGUUUGCGUAAGUAAAACAAAAAAGUAUCAAAAUACUAAAAAUCGUACAACAAUUAAGUAUUUCCUCUAAGCUUAACUUUUGUGUGCACUUAAGAAACACCUCUGCCAAAUAUUAAUAUUUAUAUGUUCUGAGUGAUUGUUACGUAAUAGAAGCCAACUGUUAUCUAGUUAAAUAAUUCCUUUUGAAUUGUAGAGCUUGAAAGUGACAUUCGAAAGAGCGUACAUCACCUUCUUCAAUCCAAAGUACGUGGAAUAUGCGUAUGUAAACGUGACGCGAUACUCCAGGCGGGGCGACUACUACGGGAAUAUUGAAUACAAGGCUAGAUAUUCCACAACAAAUAACGUCACGGUAUGUACUAACGUCAAAUCAUUCAAUAGUAAUAGAGUCCGCAGCAGGAAUAACUGCUAGACGAUUCGCCCGUUCGACUUGUAUCGAUCGACCACGAUAACAGAAGACAGACGUGAUGUGAAAGUAAUUCUGCGUGUCGUGAAUGACUGUUGCAAAGUCAAAUUCUCUCUUCCUACCCUUUUGAAUAAUUAGAUUUAAUUGGGGAGAAGACGCAUUGGAAAGGGAAAUGGUUUUUCCUGUGAUACUAUCGCUGCUAAAUUGACGCUUAAAUGUUGAUUCAAUUGCAACAUAACCGUAUAGCUUCUCAUUCGCAGAUCCACAUUUACUUCUACGAGGAAAUACGCAACCAAUACAAGCGGUCGUUCAUCGAGUUCCACCACAAGAUCUGCGACUUCCUCACGAAGGAUCCGUACAUCGGCGCGGUUGCGGCUAAUCUGGGACUCGACAAAUGCCCCGUCCGCAAUGGCAUACACAGAUUACUAAACGUGACAACUAAUUACGACAACUUUCUGAAUGUCUUCCCGUUUACAAAGGGUCGCAUUGACUUCUGGUUUAACUGCAGUGAUACAGGCGAGGGUGUAACCGGCGCCACCGCUUUUGUCGCAUUUAAAAACGAAUUCAAGAGGAAACAAGGACAAAGAAAAUAUUAAUUUCUAACUGCUAUAUCUAAUAACCUUAAAAACAAUAUUGUAAACCUUGUUAUGUGAUGUAC